AUGGCUUUUCAAAACUUACCAACCGAGAUCCUUCUCAUGAUCGGUGAACGUGCCGACGAUAAACCCCUUCAAAGUGUUUGUCUGACAUGUCGUCGGUUCAUGGACCUCUUCUACGAAAUGGCAUUUCACACCGCUAAGCUCGACGACACUCCAGAGUCAGCAAAAGAUAUUCUUGCACUCGUAUCAGGGUCUCGGAACCACCUGAUUCGCAAGAUUCAUUACACUCCCCGUGAUCCUUGGGGGCGAUCGGCUCGUGAGAUUGCGCUCUUGAAGAAAAGGCACCCAGGACCAGUCCAAUAUCCCACAAACAAACCGUAUAUGCGAUUCGCAAAUGAAACAGACCAAGCGUUUGAUAGCCUCGAAAAACUUGGGCUUGGUAAACUAAAGUUUCAGUUUGAUCUUCGUGGUUGGGACCUCAACCAGUGGCGUGAAGACUGCCUCACCGUCAAUCGGGAGAUCCAACCCUACUACGAAGAGAAUUGGCUAGAAUUCAUCGAGGCGAGUUUUAAGGCCCUCGCAAGAAUAAUCAUGUCGAUCUCACAUCUGGAAAUCAACGGUCUUCCACACCUGGCCUCAAAGAUCCGUUACUACCAUUUCCAGCCGUUUAAAACCGUGGGGCCUGUAUGGUCAAUCACUACAUUUGAGAUUUCGCUGGCUGAGGUCAAUGAGAGAUUUGAAGCUUGCACGAAUGCCCAUAGAAGCUUUGUGUGGCGGCUGCCCCGUACUUUCUUCAGGUAUUUGACAGAUGUACAAAACUUAAAGAUUAUGGGAACGGAGAAUGCUGUCAUUGAGAGCCCUGGCUUCGAGGCGAUCGCCUGGGACGACUGCGAAAUGAAGUGGUUGGAAUCCUUCGAGAUCGAGUACUCCCAUAUUACGGAUGAGCUGCUUUGUUUCCUUUACCGUCGUGUGAAAAGUUGGAAGAAACUCUGUUUCAGGAAUUGUUUUGGAGAAAGGAAGCGGAGAUGGUUGGACCUCAUUCAAAUGUUUCUUCACGAACAACCCACAAAGCUCGUUGAAUUUGAGAUUGUGUCUUACCCUGUCCGCUUGCGACAUGGCCAGCCGGACUAUUUCGAGAAAGGAGACGUCCAUGGAUAUGGAAUGUCGAAGGAAGCAAAGAAGGAAAAGAUGAGGAGAUUCGUGGUCGGAAAAGCAAACCUCACGAUCAAAAACUUUGAACCUGCCGAGAUACAUGCUGACGACGAUGAUCCGGAGCUUGAUGAGAGUGAUGUUAUUGAGCGCUGGAAGGAACUUGAAGGGUUGAUGGAGAGAAACAAAAAGAGACCAGCUUGGUAA